CUUACUUGGCUUCAAACAAUCAAGCAAAAAAAAAAAAAAAUCCGGAAAAAAAAAUCAAAAAAAAAAAAGAAAAAAGAGAGAGAGAGAGAGAGGAAAGAACUUCACUUAGCUCAAUGGCUUCUGUUGCAGCCUCGUCGACUGCAUUAGCAUCUGAAAUUCUUGGAAAUUCCUUGAAAAAGAGUUCACCUAGGUCAGCUCCAUCCUCAUCUAGUCCUGCUACAUUCAAAACAAUCGCGCUUUUCUCCAAGAAGAAGGCAGCACCACCAGCGAAAUCAAAGGCUGUAGCCCCAGCUAAUGAUGAACUCGCCAAGUGGUAUGGUGCUGACAGGAAGAUUUACUUGCCCGGUGGUCUCUUGGACAGGGAUGAAAUUCCCGAGUACCUAAAUGGAGAAGUUGCCGGAGAUUACGGUUAUGAUCCAUUUGGUUUGGGAAAGAAACCAGAAGACUUCGCCAAAUACCAGGGACAGGAGCUGAUUCACGCGCGAUGGGCAAUGCUCGGUGCUGCUGGAUGUAUCAUUCCUGAAGCCUUCAACAAAUUCGGUGCUAACUGUGGUCCUGAAGCCGUUUGGUUCAAGACUGGAGCUCUACUCCUUGAUGGAAACACAUUGAACUACUUCGGAAAGAAUAUCCCAAUCAAUCUUGUUCUUGCUGUUGUCGCUGAGGUUGUCCUUCUUGGCGGUGCUGAAUAUUACAGAAUUACCAAUGGCCUGGAUUUAGAAGAUAAGCUUCACCCAGGUGGUCCAUUCGACCCAUUAGGUCUCGCAGACGACCCAGACCAAGCAGCACUAUUGAAAGUGAAGGAGAUUAAGAACGGAAGACUUGCAAUGUUCUCCAUGUUUGCGUUUUUCAUCCAAGCUUACGUUACUGGUGAAGGACCCGUGGAGAAUCUUUCCAAACAUCUGAGCGAUCCAUUCGGCAACAACUUGCUCACAGUAAUUUCUGGAUCUGUGGAACGUGCACCAACUCUAUAAUUUUCCUACCACUAGUGUUGCACCCAUAUCUCAAUGUCAAUUUAUUGUAAAUUUAAUGAGAUGUUUCAAGGUUCUUUUAAUUAUUCUGCACCCGAAACUCAACUACUGUAUUCACUUGACAGAGCAAUUCCAGUUAUCUUACUAUCUUGUUCUAGUUACUAAAUCAAGAUUUGAAGUACCGA